GUGUGUGUGUGUGGGUGUUUGUGUGUGUGUUUAACUCCGCCUUUUCCGGUCAGGAAAGCGAUGAACAUUACAGGAGUGUUCGGGGAGGGAAGCGUUUGGCUGUGCUCGGCCUUCACUAACAAAUGGCUGCAGCGGGAGCGACUGCCGUAAUUUAAUUUACAUGGGGCGUCCAGUCCCCGCUGUGUGCCUCACGACGAUCGCUCCGCCCUUCCCGCGCAGGAUGGAGGAUCCCGGGGCUCAGACUUGGAUCAGCAGCUGAAAGCGUUGACUUGCAGAUAUUAUUUGCAGAAAGUGACUUUGCCGCUGUCGUCAUUUCAAACCCGUUCACCAAUAGUGCUUUGCGUUUUCUGCCUGUAAACAGCGCGUGCGGCUCUCGUCUUAUAAACCAAACCACACACUCCAGUGGGAUUGUGGAAAUAAUGUCGAAAUUGAAAGCCCCGCUUGCUCACUUGAGGUCCAGCACCAGCGCGACUGUUGCAAGAUGUCUCUUUAGCUCCUUCAAUGGUAGGCUUUUAUCGGGGAAAAAUAUUGCUCGUGGAAACGAGUUGCUGUUGCGACCCAAAUUGUUCUGUUGGUUUGAUCAUUUUUCUGUGAGACCCUGUUCGGCACACGCAGGACUGAAGAAAACCUGGCAAAAACCCAAAGGUCAUGAAACAGACAUAAAGGUGUACAACAGUCUCACCCGAACUAAAGAACCUUUCGUACUUGCCGAUUCGAGAACAGCAUCCUGGUACAGCUGUGGACCAACAGUAUAUGACCAUGCACACCUUGGGCAUGCAAGCUCCUAUGUUCGAUUUGACAUCGUCCGAAGAAUAUUAACCAAAGUGUUUGGCAUUGACGUAGUCAUGGUGAUGGUUAUCACGGAUAUUGAUGACAAAAUAAUUCGAAGAGCAAAUGAGUUGAAUGUUUCACCUGCUGUACUUGCUCGAAUUUACGAAGAGGAUUUCAAACAGGAUAUGACUUCUUUAAAGGUCCUUCCACCUACAGUUUAUAUGAGAGUGACUGACAACAUUCCCAAGAUUGUAGACUAUAUAGAUAAAAUAAUUUAUAAUGGAAAUGCUUAUGCCACUUCCACAGGAAAUGUUUACUUUGAUAUACAGUCUAUUGGCAGUCGCUAUGGGAAGUUGAUUGGGGUGUCUGCUGACUUUGUUGGAGAGCCAGGAGUCAGUGAUAAAAAAGAUGCCAGGGACUUUGCCCUUUGGAAAGCAUCUAAACCACAGGAACCAUUUUGGGAGUCUCCAUGGGGGAGGGGAAGGCCUGGCUGGCACAUUGAGUGUUCAACUGUUGCAAGCUCUGUGUUUGGAAACAAACUGGACAUCCAUUCAGGUGGCAUAGACUUGGCCUUUCCACACCACGAGAAUGAGAUUGCGCAGUGUGAAGCCUACCAUCAGUGUGAGCAAUGGGGAAACUACUUUUUACACUCAGGGCAUUUGCAUUUAAAAGGAAGUGAAGAAAAGAUGUCAAAAUCAUUGAAAAACUACAUCACAAUCCAGGAUUUCUUGGAAACCUUCACAGCGAAUCAAUUUCGAAUGUUUUGUCUUCUAUCAAAAUAUAGAUCAGCUGUGGACUACAGUGAGGCUAGUAUGUCUGAAGCCAAAGCCCAUCUCCAGUCUAUUUCAUCUUUUAUCAACAAUGCGUCUGCCUACAUGAGAGGACAACUGAUGUGUCCAGAGGUUGAUGAAAUCUUAUUGUGGGAAAGGUUGAGUACAACUAAAAUUAAUGUGCAGACUGCCUUGGCUGAUGACUUUGAUACCCCAAGGGCCAUUGAUUCAAUUAUGAACCUUGUUCACCAUGGGAACAGACAGCUUCAGGUAGUUCCAAAGCAGGGAGCGGGGUACACCAGGAGCCCUGUUGUUUUUGGAUCCAUAAUCUCUUACAUAGACCAAUUCCUGGACACGGUUGGCAUUUCUCUCAGAGAAAAUCAGGUAACGACAGAAGGUCAGUCGUUGGCAGCACUUCAUGGUAUUGUUGACCAAUUGGUUGAUUUUCGUCAGAAAGUAAGGAACUACGCUCUGGCUGUGGAUGAACCAGCACCACAGCCUCUGCUGGAGAUUCAACAAUUGUCUAAGGAGCAGAAGCAGCAACUGAAAGACAAAAAGAGACGGCUGAUGAAUGAACGGCAGCCUCUUCUCCAAGCCUGUGAUUCACUGCGUCUGGAUCUCACAGCUAUAGGAAUAGAUAUCAAGGAUCGGGGGGCGAUUUCAACUUGGGAGCUGACAGAACAACUGAACAACAGAGGGAAAAUUGGGAACUAAUCUAUCCAAGUGGUAGUUUACAGUCCUCACUGACUCCUCCAUAGAGAUAAAUCCUGGAUAACCUACUGCUGGUAGUUGCACAAGUUAUUUUAUAGAUUGGCUUGAAAUGCUUCUUGCCACUAAGUGCAGGAAUUUCCCGAUGUACAAUUAUCUAGUUGCUACACUUGGUGGCAAUUUGAAGCUCACUUUCAUACCUUGGUAAAUGUAGGGUCAAUUUAACAGUCCAUUCCAUUUUUAUCGCAUUAAAUGUGCGAAAGACAGAUCUUCAUCUCUUCCCUAAUCCCAAACUUGAUAUCAUCUUCUAGUCCUAAAAAUUUGGUGUCCUGCUCAUGGGCUAGUCCACUGCCCUGUGCCUUGGCCGCAGCAUCUUGGAUUUUGGCAUUAAUAUGGGAGGCAAUGUCUGUUUGUCUUUGGUGCAUGCAGUGUGGUGGCAAAUAACUGGUAAAUUGACCCCAUUAUUAAAUUAGAGCAUUUCUAAUUUAGUGGAAAGUAGAAAUGUUGGACUGCCAGCCAAGGAGUCAAAAUUAUCUUGACUGUCGCAUCAAUGUACUUCAUUGAGCUGAGUUUUGCCAGUUUUUUGGUCAGGGCAAUGUUUUGGAAUGGGAAUGGGCCUGGCAAUGCCAGCCAUGCUCGAGCACAAUCCUCACAUCCUUCAGUUUGUGAAAGGCAUUAUACAAAUGUAAUUUUGUAUUGUGUUGUAUAUUAGUCACUUGUUCAUGGAGUGGUACUGCACAGAAUGCUGUAAGAGGCUGUGAUCAUUCAGCCUUUUUAUCUAAAGGAGAAAUCAUGAUAUGAAAAUGUAGAAUCAAAUCAAAUUUCAGUUGACCACUUGAUGCUUUUUUCAUCAUUGUGCUGUAUGUUUAUAGAACCCUGUAUGCUCUACAACCAGUAAUAUCAAAAAUUAAAUAAGAUAACAUUCUGUACAGUUUAAAAAAUUAAGAAGGAACAGAAAUGCUUAUGAAUUGCACCAUUCAUUGUCAUAUUCAAUGGCUUAUUUGAUCAGUGAAUUUAUAGCUUUCUAAAUAAAAUGCAAUUCAAUACAAAUGUUUUGUGAAUUGUGGCUUUAAUCAUUUUUGAGAACUAAGCACAGAAAUAUGUUUAUAUAGCCAGUAUAUAGCUCGCUCCUAGGAGCUCGGAAAUACCUGUAGAAAUUGCCCUGAGUAUUAGUUUGCUCCAAACUAGAAUUGGUUUUCUUGGGGAAAAUCUGUUUAACCAGCUGUCUCUGGGAGAGCUUAAAAAUUAAGUCACACAGGCUGUGCAAUCAUGACCCCUUUCACCUUUCCCAAAUAACAUGCAAUUACCAGACCAGUUUCACACCCUGCUCUCCUGUUCCUUGCCAAGUCCCCAUUUUUCAAUACGGUGUAACACAAAGAAUUAAAUGCACAUUUUAAAAAUCUGUAUGCUACACAUACAGUGUGCUGCUUUUACCAUCAAAUGGAGGUUGAUGCACAUGGAAUAGAAUAACUGUACAGAACCGAAUAUGCAGUUUGAGAUAUUUAAGCUGAUAUUUAAAGCUAUCCCGAGUGACCUUUGUCUCUAAUCUCUUAAUUAUUCAUGCAGCAUUCUAACACUUAAAUCAAGUUGUGAUUGUAUGACCAUGUUUCUUGUCAAAAACAUAAUUUUUUAUAUCCUUGCAUUUGAUAUAGCGCCUUUCGUGUUUGGGGAACAAUCAAAAUACUUCAUGUGGUUUUAGUGUAAAGUGGAUGAACGCAAUUGCCAAUUCUUGGUAGUGUCCCAUGGCUAUGAUGUGAAUGAUCAAUGCUGGCCAGUACACCUGCUCUGAAAUGGCCUAACUAUGAGUGGCUUGAUAGACUGGGUUAUUUUUAUUAAAAUGGUGCAGAAUUUUGGAUAUUGGCAGAACUCUUGGGCAAGAUACUGCUUGGGACAUCGUCCUGACAUGAAAGGCGCUAAACAAAUGUAAUUUGUUGU